AUAAACCCGGUUCGUAUUAUUUUUAAUUCUAGCGGUAGUACGAUUACUCUUACGUAUAUUAUAUCCGGUCCUAGUAAUAGUAGUGUGGCUACUCCUAUUUGUACGGUCUCUAGUUUUAAUAGUAGUAGUACUGCCCCUAGUAGCCCUAUAGCUAUCGAUACCCCCGGCCGCCCUAUUAUAAACGAUAAUUGGGUUUAA